GUCAUAACUACACAUUGUAUAGAUUAGAUGGAGAGCUACAAACAGUGAAGUCAACACAUAAAUAACGUCUGCAAUUGUAUAUAUUUAUUAUAUUAGGUCGUAGACGUGAGUAUAUCCUAUUCCGUACACAUUCGAUAGUAAACAUGUCAGGCACAGAGGUCAAGGACGAACAAAAUGUCACCGAACAAGUCGAUGAUUCAGUUGAUGAAGUGGUCGGUGAACAAACUGCAGAGGCAGAGGCGGUAGAUAGUACUGAGAAAAACACAACUGAAACAGCAGAUAGCAAAAAAACGGUAGCAGAAGCUGCGCCAAAGACGGAUGAGGCGGCGAAGUCUGAUAAGGCUGACAUCACUGGAAAAAUUUUUGUUGGUGGCAUUGCUGGAGAUGCUUCCCAGACUACUCUGAAAGACUUCUUCACACAGUUUGGUGAAGUCAAAGAAGCACAGGUGGUUAUGACAAAAGGAAAAGACCGCACAAAGGGCUUCGGCUUCGUAACAUUUGUAGAGGAUGCGACUGUACAAAAGGUUCUCGAUGCCGCACCACUUAAAAUGGGGGAGAGACCGAUAGAAGCCAAGCGGUGUGUAGCCAAUGCUGAACGCAAGGAGAAACCUGCUAAUAAGAAACCCGCACAAACAAACGGCGCCUUCAAUACCAAACCGGCGUUUACAGCCGGCGGAGGCAACUAUCACGGCGGCAAUUUUGAGCAGAAGAUUUUCAUUGGGGGUCUUUCCCCAGAAACUACCGAGGAGUCUGUGAAGACGGCUAUGUCUAAGUUUGGUGCUGUGGAAGAGGUCCGCGUCAUGAAGGAUAAGCUGACAGGGAAAUCGAGGUGUUUUGGAUUUGUCACAUUUGAGAAUAAAUUGACCGUCAGCAUUGUUACACAAAAAAGCCACUAUGAAAUAGACGGCAAGCAGAUUGAAGUGAAGAGAGCCGAGCAAAGGCCUGAUCCCCGUGCUGGGGGCGCAAUGCCCAGUCGAGGUGGUCGGGGGGGUAUGCGUGGUGGCAUGCAAGUGUACAACAAUAGGGCCAUGCCUAUGCCAUACGGUGCUGCACCUUACGCCAGACCCACACCUAUGGGCGUAUAUGGCCAGCAAGCGUACGGAGGUGGCAAAUUCGGUGCACCCGGAAAAGGUCCAUUUGUUCCCCUUGGAGGUGCUGGUGCUUACGGUCAACCGCCUGUCAGUGGUGCGCCAGCGAGGGGGGGGCGAGGUGGCGCUGCUAGGGGCGGCUUUGCUCGUGCCAAUGCCCAAGCAUACAACCAGCCUCUAGCAGCAUCGUACGGUACCCAAGAUCCCUACGCACAAAAUGGUACAUAUGGUGCAGAUGCUUAUGGUUACGAGCAACUGCAGGCGUAUGGCAGACCGUCAGUAGACUAUGGAUACGGAGCAACUGCACAGCAGGGUUUCGAAUCUUAUGAUGGAUAUGGCCAACCCACUCAACAGGCGGCCCCUGUAUACGGUGGAGGUUACGCGGAUAACAAUGCUUACGGCACGACUGCAUGCCAAAGUCAGGGGCAUGAUGCAGCUGCUAGAGACGCUCGCUACACACCUUACGGUCGCUAAGUAAUAAUAAUCAUAAACAAACGAAAAGUCUGAUCACGGGUUACGGUAUUUCAAGACACUGGCUAGUGCACAAGAAUCGCAUGUGUGCUCAUCGCUUGUUUCCGUUCGUUCGGAAUGGCUUAGUAUGUAAUUGACACUACUAGAGGGUCAAAGCCAGAUGCAUUCCGACAAAAAUAGGCUUUACUCCAUUGAAAGCUAUUUCACAGUUGUCAAGCUACUACUCCAAUAUUGAAUGUCGAAUGUAAAGUUAUCAAUCAAUAUCAGCGGUACUUCACGAUUAGAUUUGAAAACGCUACAUCUGAUUACUUACCAUCGAGGGUUUUAACGAAACGAAAUACAUACGGUACAACCAUUUGCGACCAAAAUAAAAAGGUAAAGCCUGAAAGUAAC